AUGCGUUCCCCCGGCCGCCCCCGGAGGCCUGAAGCCAUCGAGGAUCCGCGCUUGCCCGGCUCCCCCCCAUGGCUUUGCCGGCGCCUGGGGCGAGGCCGAUCGGACACGUGUCGCGUUGCGGCGCGCUUCGGCCGGGUCUCCGCGUCGUCGUCGUCGUCGUCGUCCGGGGCCUCGGCGUCGGCCGCGGCGGGCGCGGGGCUCUGGGCCGCGCUCUACGACUACGAGGCGCGCGCGGAGGACGAGCUGAGCCUGCGGCGCGGCCAGCUGGUGGAGGUGCUGUCCCAGGACGCCGCGGUGUCGGGCGACGAGGGCUGGUGGGCCGGCCAGGUGCAGCGGCGCCUGGGCAUCUUCCCCGCCAACUACGUGGCGCCGUGCCGCCCACCCGCCGGCCCCGCGGCGCCCCCCGGCCCAGGAGCCGCCGCCCCGCCGCCCCGGCGCUCGCCCGUGCACGUCGACUUCGAGCGGGCUGGAGCUCAAGAGCUGAUCGGCGCCGGCGGCUUCGGCCAGGUGUACCGCACCACCUGGCAGGGCCAGGAGGUCGGCCGUGAAGGCGGCGCGCCGCGACCACCGAGCAGGACGCGGCGAACCGCGGCCGAGAGCGUGCGGCGGGAAGCCCGGCUCUUCGCCCGCCUGCGGCACCCCAACAUCAUCGAGCUGCGCGGCGUGUGCCUGCGGCAGCCGCACCUCUGCCUGGUGCUCGAGUUCGCCCGCGGCGGAGCGCUGAACCGCGCGCUGGCCGCCGCCAAUGCCGCCCCCGACCCCGGCGCGCCGGGCCCGCGCGGGGCGCGCCGCAUCCCCCCCGCACGUCUUGGUGAAUCUGGGGCGGUGCAGAUCGCGCGGGGCAUGCUCUACCUGCACGAGGAGGCCUUUGUGUCCAUCUGCACCCGGGACCUCAAGUCUAGCAACAUUCUGCUCCUUGAGAAGAUAGAACAUAAUGAUAUCUACAACAAAACAUUGAAGAUCACAGAUUUUGGGUUAGCUCGAGAAUGGCACAGGACCACCAAAAUGAGUGCAGCAGGCACGUAUGCCUGGAUGGCCCCGGAAGUAAUCAAAUCUUCCUUGUUUUCUAAGGGAAGCGACAUCUGGAGCUAUGGAGUGCUGCUGUGGGAACUGCUGACUGGGGAAGUCCCCUAUAGAGGCAUCGAUGGCCUUGCUGUGGCUUAUGGGGUAGCUGUCAAUAAACUCACGUUGCCUAUUCCAUCCACCUGUCCGGAGCCUUUUGCCAAGCUUAUGAAAGAAUGCUGGCAACAGGACCCUCAUAUUCGUCCAUCAUUUUCCUUGAUUCUUGAACAAUUAACUGCUAUAGAAGGGGAUGUUAUGUCUGAAAUGCCUCAAGAAUCUUUUCAUUCCAUGCAAGAUGACUGGAAAUUAGAAAUUCAACAAAUGUUUGAUGAGCUGAGAACAAAGGAAAAGGAGCUGCGAUCCCGGGAAGAGGAACUGAGUCGAGCAGCCCUUCAACAGAAGUCCCAGGAAGAAUUGCUAAAGCGGCGUGAGCAGCAACUUGCAGAACGUGAGAUUGACGUUCUCGAGAGGGAGCUUAAUAUUAUGAUAUUCCAGUUAAACCAGGAGAAGCCCAAUGUAAAGAAGAGGAAGGGGAAAUUUAAGAGAAGCCGUUUAAAGCUCAAAGAUGGACAUAGAAUCAGUCUGCCUUCAGAUUUUCAGCACAAAAUAACUGUGCAGGCGUCUCCCAACUUGGAUAAAAGGAGGAGUUUGAACAGCAGCAGCUCCAGCCCACCCAGCAGUCCUACAGUGAUCCCCAGACUUCGAGCUAUACAAUUGACUUCAGACGAAAGCAAUAAAACUUGGGGAAGGAACAUGGUCUGUCGACAGGAAGAGUUUGAAGAUUUAAAAAGGAAUUUUAAGAAGAAAGGUUGUACAUGGGGACCAAACUCAAUUCAAAUUAAAGAAAGAACUGAUUGCAAAGAAAGAAUAAGACCUCUCUCAGAUGGCAACAGUCCUUGGUCAACUCUUAUAAUAAAAAAUCAGAAAACAGUGCCAUUGACUUCAUUAUUUGUGGAGCAAUCAGGUACUUGUGAGGAACCAAACUAUUCCCCUGAAGGAUUAGAACACAGAAAACCAAAACAAAUGAAGUUUCCGAAUCAAGCCUACAUUGAUCUAUCUCUUUGGAAAGAUGGCCAGAAAGAAAAUCCUGUGGAGUCUGAAAAGUGGGAGGAGGGAACUUCUGUGAGCCCUGUAGCUUGCACUCCUCAGGUGACCCCUACAAAUAGUCUGAGUAGAUCCCCUCAGAAGAAGAAAACAGAGUCUGCUUUGUAUGGCUGCACCAUGCUACUGGCAUCGGUGGCUUUGGGACAGGAUAUCAGGUAUCUAAAUAAAGCACAGACUGCUGAAGAACUGUUACUCAAAGAAGAAAGGAAGAAACGUGAUGGAAUCUUCCAGUGGGCCCCCAAAUCCCGAAGCACUGCCAGUUCUUCCAGGAGGCUACAAACUACAGGAGAAGGGAACAACAACUCACCCUGGGUCCCUCCAUCAAGUGCUGUGAGCCUUCUGUCAAUGCCGGCUCUCUCCACAAAAUGCUUGCUACAGACUGAUGGAGAAGAUUCAUUAGAGGACAGCACACAUAUUACUUAUGACCCCAAGAUGCCAACUGCAGAUUUUUGUCCUGCCAUCGGAGGAAGUAGUCAUGAGCCAGCCUGCAUGCCAGGACUUGUAACUGAUCCUAAUAGGUGGAAAAGUCAUUCUCCAACUUCCACAGAGCAGGCAUGUGGGAAUUUGCCUGAUGUUUCUUCUAAGGAAAGAGCAACAUGUCUCACAUGGACCAUGUCUGAUGGAAAUGCCAUCCAGACUCCAACUGGUGCAACUAUUGUUUCAACUAAUCAAGUCCCAAAACUACAACCAGAACUGUGUUUGGGGUUUUCCCAUUCAUCAAAUAGUCCUCACAGUAACCUGCCCAGUACCGUCCUUACUGAACAACGGAGAACUGUCAAUAGUGUGCCUCUUUCUGGCUCCUACUCCUUGAGAAGGUCUUCAGAUUCUCUACAGACUUUCCCAUGGAGAACAAAGCCACUUCCUUUACAAACUCACUGGGUAGUGGAUGGUACAGGGCCAACCGCUCACUGUUCCCUUGAUGACAAGGACAGAACUAAAUCUCACAUGCCUUCCUUAUUGGAUGCUGAUGUGGAAGGGCAGAAGAUGGACAGCACAGUGCCUCUGUGUAGGAUGAAGAGCAGAACUAGCCGUCCAUCUAUAUAUGACCUCGAGAAAGAAUUUCUGUCUUAA